AACUAACACAAAAAGAUACUAUCUAUUACAUUUAUCUAGAUGUAAAAGGAAGACUGCUGUUAAAAUUGUUAUUCUACUAAAAUAUUGCUGGAGCUAUUGAAAUGCGAUGUCUUCUACUGGUGUUACAUGUGACAUUCAUGCGUCCACUGAAGCUCUACAGUGGUGCUCUCAGUGUGAACAGGCCCUUUGUGAUGACUGCGUACAUUACCACAGUCAGGCUAAAGCGUCAAGGAAUCAUAAAGCAAUCCCUGUGUCUGACUUUCGAAAGCUACCAGCGUUUGUCAGAUCUCUCAAAAAGACGUGCAAUAAGCAUGGCGAAAAAACAGAUUUCUUCUGCUUAAUCCAUGAGAAUCUAUGCUGUCCUUAUUGCAUUCAAACAAUGCAUAAGCAAUGUGAUGGAAUAGAAAAUUUACAGACACUUACAAAGAAUGUUAAAAGUUCUGCUUUCGUGGAAGAUCUCGAGACUAAUGUUCAAGAUAUAAAAACUAGUAUCGAGGAAAUAUUAAAAGAUCGUACACAAAAUAUUUUAAACAUAGAUAAACAAAAAGACAGUUUGUUAAAACAAAUUGCCAGAACAAAAAGUGAUAUCAUAAACUAUCUGAACAUAUUGGAAAAGCAGUUAGUUUGCGAUUUAACGAAAGUGAUUAACAAGGAAAAGUCUCGCUUAGGCAAACUAGUCACCGAUCUACAGGAAAGGAAUUCUAAAAUACAUCAAAUAUAUGAGGACCUUAGAAGCAUUAAACAGUUUGCAGCUGAUAUAGAUGUUUUCCUUGCAAUCAAGGAAUUAAACCAAACAGUUCAAACGGAAGAAUCCUUUAUGUUUGAUUUACAAACAGAUACAAGUCUUUUCCAAACUGAAAUUUUACUUCAGAAAUCUGAAGACAUAGAAACUUUAGAAAACAAUAUUAAGACGUUUGGAAAAAUCCUAAUCAUGUCAAAACCACCAAAGAAAAAUCUCAUGAAAAAGAAAAAACCGCAAGCACAACUUUUUAUUUCAAAAGGACACGAUGCUUUAACAGAAAUUGGACAGAAAACAGAUGAUGAGAAAAUCGUUCAAGGGAUUAUAGAAGACAGGAACGUGGAAGCCUCUGAUAGCGUUAAUGUAAACACAACAGAGCAAGAGAAAGAGGACACAUUUGAUUCGGGACAAGAUUCUAAUAUUGAAAUCAGUGUUCCUCGCGGUGAAUCAUUAAAUAACGAAUGUAUGCCUCGUAUUCAUCUGAAAUGUAACACUUUUCUUGAAAUUCAAGAAAGAGGUAAGCAGUUGAACGCAUGUAAAAUAUUACCCGAAGAUAAGUUAUUAUUUCUUCUUAGCAAAAAAUUAAUCGUCUAUGGAACUAAUCCAAAGAAAAUUCAAUAUGUUGAUUUGACAAGUAAGACCACUGAUUUAACGUACAUCGGUGGCAAUGUUGUGGCAAUUACGCUAUACCCUGAAAAUCAAAUAUGUCUUGUAGACAUUUCUGAAGGCCGAGAAAUAGAAAGAAUUAAAACCGCUGGACAAUGUUUUGGAAUUGACCACGCAGAUGGUCAGAUAUACACAAGUUUGCCACAUAAUAAAUGCAUUCAAGUUGUAGACUAUAAGAGGAAUGUCAGUACAGAAUGCACACUUGAGACAGUGCAUAGUGCUUUUUACAUCGUUUUCUCCGAAGGAAGACUUUUUUGUUCAAAUCACAUGACAAAUGUUGUAUUCUGUAUGCUAACUUCUGGAAGUACAUUAUGGGAAUAUCGUAGUGACAUAUUGUUUGAACCAUUUUGUAUGUCUUUGGAUUCAAAAGGUGACUUAUUCGUUGCCUGUAGAAAGAAUAGGUCGGUUAUCGUCAUCUCAGCUGAUGGAUCCAAGAGCACAGUUUGCUUAAAGAGUAUAUCAAGAUUAAAAGCUCCGAGAGCACUCAACUGGUGUCCAACAACUGAUAAGUUUAUUGUAUGCGAUGAGCGUUCUGGAAGAGCUGUUGUUUACACGUAUAAAUAAAUACAUGUUUAUCCAUAUUUCACCCCCAAGAAAAACAAAGAUUAAAACUUACUUUGGUGGACAAAGCCAUAUUCUUAUUGAUGUGUUUGUUUAUCUUGGUUAUGCCGCGUACAUAUAAGUGUUCAGAGAAGUUCUCGAACGUAUCUGUUAUAUAUAUAUACAGUAUAUAUAAAUUGAUAAACCAUGUGGUUCAAA